AAGAAGAAGAAGAAGAAGAACUCGGCGAGUCAACGGUCGAAGUUGGAGUCAAGACUGUUUGUUAAGCUACUAUUUUAAAGGAAAGAAAUGGAGUCUGUCCCGCCACUCUCUUCUCUACGUCUUCUGGUUCCUCCUCUGCGUCUCACAUCCGCACUCAUGUGGCAAAUUGUUCAGGAUCAGAAUGUGGAGCAGUAUGGAAAACUGGAGGAAUUUGUUUCUGUGAUGACAAACCUGGUGCCAGAACUGUUGAGUAAACGGCAGAGGGCAACUCUUAUAGUAGGGCUGCGAGCGAAGAUGAUUCUUGAGAUGUGUCGAGGUGAACUUCCAGCAGACCUUCAGACUGUCAAAUCACACAUUCACCGCAUUCAGACCACUGAUUUAUUAAAGGUAAGUGACUCAGACAUGGAAAGUUUACAGGACAGUGUACUUCAGCUUGUCCUGAGCUUGCUGGGAGACUCCUUCAAAAGACAACACUUCUUUCAGGAGAUAUUUCCAGUGGAGUACGGUCCUGACUUUGAUAAAGCACUGCAAGUCCUUGUUGGCUUCUUCCUCUCCAGAUUGGAACAACUUCUGCCUGUGCCAAACUUCAAACAGCUUUCAUUAUUGCUCAGCUGUCACCUUGGGGAGUUAGAUGCAUGUGUGGACUCGGUUUGUAAAUCAGAGAAUCUGCUCUAUUUGCUGCAAACAGAUGUCUGUGGGACUUUGGAAAAAAAUGUUCUUCCAUCAAUAGUGGAGGAUCGAAUUGUGUGCUCAUUGUCGUUGCCUCCUCUUGGGGACUUGGCCGUUGUAAGCCAGCCCAGCGACGAUGAUAAGUUACAGCUGCCUGUUGAUUCUGAAAACCUGCCAAUCCCAGAACCCAUUGUGGUCAAGCAGACUGAUACAGAAGAUCCAAAUGUCCAGGAUGUGGGGUGCAGCUCCAGUGACUCAUCAGAAGGAGACUGUGAUGGAGAAAAGGUCAUGAACUCAACUCCAAAUGAACCGCAACAGAGUAACCUGGAAGAGCCAAGUGUACCAUCAUCAGCCAGUGAUGCCCACGGAGGGGAUUUAAUUUUUAAGGCAGCAGUGCCCGUCCAGCACCCCCCUCUAGAUACCUUCCCAAAGACGCCUUCUAAAGGCUUCCAUUAUGCUGGCAGGACCGUUCAUAAAUGUCAGCAGUGUACCAAGUAUUUCAUCUAUCGCUCUGAUCUUGUAAAGCACCAGGAAUCUCACACCCCGGCAAAGGCGCAUCAGUGCCCUCAGUGCGGGCUUGCUUUUGACAACCCAACACAACUGGCAUCACACGGUAAAGGCUGUAAGUCCAGAGUCUUUAAAUGCCUCAGGUGUUCAGCCCACUUUACUUCUCUCAAGACCCUGUACAGACACAACCGAGUACACAAAGAGAAAACCACCCACAAAUGCCCUGAAUGUGGACGGAUAUUCACCAGUCUGUCGCAACUGGUCGGUCACCGGCGAACUCACAGAGCUCCCUCCAUUAAAAGGAGCUAUGAUUGCAAAGAAUGUGGUGAGACGUUUGGGUCAUACCGAGACAGUUUGAUCCACCAGAAGAUCCAUAAAGCUAAAGACGUUCAAUCGUCUAAACAAGAACGGCAGCCAGGAAAGUGUCGCUUUUGCGACUUAACGUUCAGCGUUGACAGCGAAUUACGAAGCCAUCUCAAAAGUCAUGCGGAAUUCCGGCCGUAUAUAUGUGACCAGUGUGGGAAGUGCUUUUCGGCCAACAGCAGUCUGCUUGCCCACCUCUCGAACCACACGGGUGAGAAACCUCUCCUAUGUUCGCAAUGUGGAAAACGUUUUUACAGCAAAAUCCAAUUGAAGUCGCAUAUGAGAUGUCAUUCGGGUGAACGGCCGCACAUCUGUCCGUACUGUGAGAAGCAGUUUACCUUGUCUGGGAAUUUGAAGAUUCACAUCAGAAUUCACACUGGAGAGAAGCCGUACGUUUGCCGCCAAUGCGGAAAGGGAUUCGUAUCUGCUGGAUGCUUGCAAGUGCAUAUACGCUCCCAUACGGGCGAAAAACCAUAUCAGUGCAAAAUCUGCAACAAGAAAUUUGUGGUUUCGAGUCACUUGACGGCACAUAUGUGCUUUCACACAGGAGAGCGUCCGCACUGUUGUUUGCAGUGUGGGAAAAGGUUCAUCCGACGAUAUGACUUGAGCAAACACAUGUACACUCAUAUUGGAAAGAGGCCCUUUCCAUGCCCCCUGUGCCCGAAGGCUUACACAUGUCGCACACACUUGAAUCGGCACAUGAAGAGCCACAGCGUUGGACUUUAAAUCGAUUUGAGUGCCUCGUGUGGAGUGAAACAUCAAUGAUUUCAUCACAUUUUCUCACCCUAUUGGCGUUCCGAACCUGUAUGGCUUUCUUUCUUACUUAGAAUACAAAAGGAGAAGUUUAGCAGAAUGUUUACGCUACUCUUUUUUUUCAUACAAUCAAACUGAACAGUGACCAGUGGCUGCCAAGCUCUAAAAGCACCAUAAAACUUAUGCGCUUUAAAUGAGUCUUCUGAAGCCGUAAAAUAGCUUUAUCGUAGGAAAAGACCAAAAUUGAAGCUGUUCACCAAAGUUCUCAAAUUCACAUUGACAUAUGUUCAUAUUUGGCACAUGACGACAUGUUAAGCUAGGUCUAAUGUCAAUGAUGGCGAAUGUGUUUGUCUCCAAAAAUCACGACAUGCUAAAUUUGAAUAUCCACAUAUUCAACCUGUACGUGAGAUUUGAGAGGAUUUUUUGUGAAUAUCUUUUCACCUGUUUCUCACACAAAGCUAGUGUAUGUCUUCAUAAGACUUGGAAUGUAGCGCAGAAGUGGCAUGAACUAUUGUUGGUACUUUUGUGGUGCUUUUUUUGUUGUCAUUCCCAUCCACUUACAUCAUAUGGAAAACUGCAGUGUGAACUUUCUCCUUCUACAACAUGAACGUUUCUUUUUGUUGUCUUUGGAAGAAACUCAUAUGGGUUUGGAACAACAUAAGGGCGAGUAAUUAAUGACAGACAUAAAAAAGAAAUGUGGUGAAAUAACUUGAACUAGAACAACUUAAACCGGAGUCCUGAAAUCGGUUUGGACUGUUAAUGUGUAACCAUGGAUAUUUACUGUAGAAAUCUAGUCUUAGAGACCAAUGUGCUUUUUAUUAUUUUAGAUAUGUUUUUCAUUUAAAUUUAGCAUGAGCAUUAGUCGUCAGUAAGCAACUAUGAAUGAAAUAUGCUGAAUGUAUAGCCUCAUACUAAACAAUAAAUGUGUUGUAAAUGUGUCCCACAUCACUUAACAUGGGAAUUAAAAAUCUCAUAUGAUU